AUGAUUCUUCUUUCGGUUUUUCUUGCUUUCAACUUCAUUGGCUUCACAGUUGGAAAUGAAUGUCCAACUGGUUGGACAUUCAACCCGGAUACUUCUGAAUGUUAUACCUUCUCUGCAAGACUGUUCACUUUUGAUGAAUCCGUUCAGUACUGUAACUCGAUCGGCGGAAAAUCUGUCUCUAUCAGUUCAUAUUCUGAGAGAGACGCCCUAGUUGCCCUCACCAAAACAAACAUUUUACAACCUUGGCUGGGUGCAAAAAGGAACACUACAACCAACAAGUUCUACAAUCUCGAUGGAACCUAUUUCUAUACUUUAAUGUGGACUACAAAUGAACCAAGUGUGAAUGGUGACUGUGUGACCUUCAAAGGAGCGUCUCCUUCAGGAUUACAAGUCACACAAUGUUAUCAAUUACAACCAGCAUUCUGUAAACAGACACCUGCACUUUGCAAUAGUGCUGUCAUCGGUGGACCUAACACUUGGUCUGGAACAUUCCAAUCCCCUGGAUAUCCAAUUCAAUACUACAACAACUUGGAUUGCAGAUAUCUCAUUAACUCUCCUAACAACACAUUCAUCACCGUCACAUUCUAUCCGUUCCUUAUUGAAGAAUGGUAUGACUCGGUUGAUAUCUACGAAGGAAAUUCAACUUCUUAUGCUAACUGGAUUGGGCACUCUGGGCGUGGUUUCGAAUCGUCUGGAAAUAUGAUGAAUGUUAGAUUCAAAACGAAUUACGCAAUCACCGAUAAGGGUUGGUUAGCAACGUGGAAGGCAAAGAAAGAUAUGCCAGUAAUCACACAAAGUGGAACCAAUGGAACAAUGACUUCGCCCAAUUAUCCGAAUAACUAUGACACUUAUGAUGAGCAAGUAUACCAAAUCAGUGUUGCAUAUGGGAUGCAAGUGAAUUUGACAAUUGACGAUUUCCGAACGGAGAGCAAAUAUGACUAUUUGAAUAUCUAUAAUAGCAGUGUCCAAUCCAACAACACUUUAGUUUAUACAUUAUCAGGAACGUCUGUAGCCCCCUUCAACUGGAUCUCUCCAAGAAGUUACAUGUCAAUGAAGUUUGUGUCCGACGGCCUUAUCCAAUACAAAGGAUGGCACGCAUUUUGGAGUUACUGCUAA